CCGACUCGAAAAUGCCACAGACAGUACGAAACCGACAUCUGUGGAGAGUGCGUCGCUCCGUGCCGCAAAAUUCACGUCAAUCAAUAUGACUUCCGUAAUCUCUCUAUUAGAAACGCCGUUUCUAAAACGUGAUCCGCUCGAUAAACUGCACGUACAAAAGUCGGGACGGCCGCUGCCCCAACUGAACAUGGCCACGCUGGAGAUUGUGGACGGCAACACCACCAACGUCCAUCACUUCAACAAGGAUAUCUACCAGAGGAACGACUGGAUAUGCGGCUGUCCCAAGAUGAACGCGUUUUACUGUUUUCCCUGCCUGCUGUUCGAGGGAAACGACCAAUGGUCAACCACCGGCUUCAACGACCUCGUCUUCCUAUCCAACGCCAUAUCGAAACACGAGCUGGGCCCCAAACAUAAGUGCAACAUGCUUAAAUACUGCAGAUUCAACAAUUCCAAUCAAAUCGUAAGAGAGCCGAAUAAACGCGUCCAGAAGAACCUCCAAGUCUUGGAGGCGGUCAUCGAAGCCAUCAAGUUCUGCGCGUUCAACAACAUCCCUGUCUCCGAUCAGGCGGAGUACGAUCCCCAUCGUUUCCAGGAUAUUCUGAACCUAAUAAGCCCCUCUGAUUGCACCUUGAAGAACUACCUAGAACAAGAACCUUUCGAAGACUUGGAAUCCCUCAAAAAAGACGUGUUGAAAGCCGCUUCCGAAGUCAUCAGGGAUCGGAUAGUCGAGGAAAUCCAAGAGGCCCAGUUUGUAGCUCUCAUAGUUGAAGGUGGAGAUUCACGAUACCCAAGAGUAAUCAUCCUGAGGUACCUCAAGGGUUGCGAACUUGUCGAGAGGGUUUGGAAGAUAAUAAAUAGGGAUAACAUGAAAUGUUUCCUAGACAACCUAUUGACGGAUUUGCGUGCCAUUGCCCAGCAACCGACUGAACUAGUGUCGCAAAGCUACGACCAACUGACCCUCAAAAAGCAAGAUCCAUCAGUUAGUCUGCCAACGAAGAUCAAGAGCCACUUUCCUCAAGCUCAACUGGUCUAUUUUUAUGGUCACGAUGUAUUCGACGUGAUAUACAGCUCGGUCUCCAUACAGAAACACUUUCAACAGUUUGCCAGUAUGGUGUGGGGUAUCAGUAAACUCAUGACAGAGGAGACGCCCAGUUUGGUAAAAAUCAUCGCCAUUUUUGAGGAGAAUCGUAGUAGAUUCUACGGACCGAAGAAGUUGCACUAUGAUUUCGGGAAAAAUAAGGUGGAAAGUGUGUAUCUCAACAAAAAGGCGCUUUUGGAGACUAUGAAAACCAUCACGCAGAAUUUUCUUGAUUAUCCAGAUCAUGUGGUUUCGUUAGCCAACAACUACGUGGUAACUCUUCAAGACGACGUCUGCAACUACAUGCUAGAAACAUUCUUCAAACUUAUUCCCUAUUUCAAUAAACUCAUCGUUGCCUACAAAAACUGCUUGGAAAACACGUUGAACAUUGAUCCAAACGUUCUACGCCUCAUACUCGAUGGUGGGAUACCGGAAAUCUCCAGCAUGGCAAUCCCAUCCAGCAGUAGUAACAUAAUCGGUGAGGUCCAGGUGAAAAUCGAAGAUGAAAUAGACAUUCAAUGUGUGGAUCUAUCAAAUAUCAAGACAGAGGUUGAAGAUAACAUGGAGACAGACUUCAGUUUUGCUCCUCCAUCCACGUCGAAAAGAAAACGAGACGAAAAUAUUGCAGACCAAAGGAAAGAGCGGACAAUCGACAUAGUACAGUCCGUUGUGUCACAACUACAAGCGCUGCUACAAUACAGGACCAACAUGCUGGCAUCACAACUGGUGGAUCCCAGAAAUUUCCACAAAUACAGUGCCAUAUUUCCCGAAUACAUCUUCACAACUGCCAUCACGAAUCUGCAUUACUUCUCUGCCUUCGACAGUAUGAAACUCCAAACAGAGCUGAAGGUGCUGUACGGACACUCUGACUUCCAGUUACUAUCCAGCUCAUGCGAUGCCCUGAAGAAAAUCUGGGAGAGUAAUUUGACGUCAACUUUUCCUGAAACCGUCAAGCUUCUCAAGAUAGUACUGACCUACCCUUCCCUUACAGAUGAUCCAAGGAGAUGUCUGGACACUAAGAACAAGAUUAGGCGGUUCCUUUCAGCCUCUCAGGGUUUCAGGAAUGUGGAUUGUCUGGUAUAUUUUGGCUGUGAAAGAGACAUCAUUGAGAAUAUGCCUGACUUCAAUACGAAGGUGUUGAAAAAAGUUGCUGAACUCCCUGGUCGUGUUAGCCUCUUCAGUGAGAGGGGGAAAUGAUAACGUCUGGUCUUUAUAACGGAAGAGAGCUGUGAUGGAAGAUACAUUUAUUUUCGAAUACGUUACUUUUAAGUGUGGAAACUUCAUUAUGUUUAUGAAUUUUUUAAUAAAAAUCAUUCAGUACA